GUCCCUGAGCGCUGGCGCGGCUGCUCCUGCCGGGCCGGAAGUGCGGACUGCGUUGGGGACUGGAGGCGAUGGAGCAGGCCGAGGCACACAACGGCAGCGGGGCCGGGGAGGCGGCUUCGGCCGGGGCGCGGCCCCCCGCCACCCCGGAGGGCAUGGCGCUGGCCUACGGCAGCCUGGUGCUGAUGGCGCUCCUGCCCAUCUUCUUCGGGGCGCUGCGCUCCGUCACCUGCGCCAAAGGGAAGAAUGCUUCGGAUAUGCCAGAGACCAUUACCAGUCGAGAUGCUGCCCGCUUCCCUAUCGUUGCUAGCUGCACCCUCCUAGGCCUUUAUCUCUUCUUCAAAAUCUUCUCUCAAGAGUACAUCAAUCUGCUGCUCUCUAUGUAUUUCUUUGUCCUCGGAAUCCUUGCCCUUUCCCACACCAUCAGCCCCGUGAUGAAUAAAUUCUUCCCAGCCAAUUUCCCGAACAAACAGUACCAGCUCCUCUUCACUCAGGGCUCUGGGGAGAAUAAGGAAGAAGCUGACAAAGGUGACAACGGCGUGGUGGCUUUUGUUGCAGAGAUUGUGAACUACGAAUUUGACACCAAGGACCUUGUGUGCCUGGCCAUGAGCAGCGUCGUCGGAGUCUGGUACCUGCUGAGGAAGCAUUGGAUUGCCAACAACCUCUUUGGACUGGCCUUCUCACUCAACGGGGUGGAGCUGCUGCACUUGAACAACGUCAGCACUGGCUGCAUCCUGCUCGGGGGCCUCUUCGUCUACGAUGUCUUCUGGGUCUUUGGCACCAACGUGAUGGUCACUGUUGCCAAGUCAUUUGAGGCACCCAUCAAAUUGGUUUUCCCUCAAGAUCUGCUAGAGAAAGGCUUGGAGGCCGACAACUUUGCCAUGCUGGGCCUGGGGGACAUCGUCAUCCCAGGAAUCUUCAUCGCUCUGCUGCUGCGCUUUGACAUCAGCCUCAAGAAGAACACGCACACGUACUUCUACACCAGUUUUGUGGCUUACAUUUUCGGGCUGGGCCUCACCAUCUUUAUCAUGCACAUCUUCAAGCACGCCCAGCCAGCCCUACUUUAUCUGGUCCCGGCCUGCAUCGGCUUCCCUCUCCUAGUGGCUCUGGUAAAGGGAGAAGUGGCGGAGAUGUUCAGCUACGAGGAGAACGCCAACCCCAAGGAGGUGCCAGGGGACGCCAAAGAAGGCAAGACAGAGCUGGAGAAGAAGGAGAAGUGACCGUGGGCUGCUCAGCAGGGCUGGGCUUCGUCUGCUACCCCCACCCCCCACCCCCCCAUCGCAAGUGAUUUUUCAUUUUUUAAAAGGCAACUGGAUCGUGUAACGGCCAUGUGUGUUUGUGCGUCUGUCUGAGGAGCUGUGGGGAGGAGGCAGGGGCGGCGCCUGGCCUUGUAUCUGCCCGUGGGAUGCCCUUGCUGCUCCCCUGGGGAGGGAAACGACAGGGGCAAGGCGGUUUCCUCCCCCCUCCCUCUCUCCAAACGCCUUUUGACACCCACUCCCCCUUAUCUUACGCAUUGUCUUGGUGGGACGAAGAAAAUGGCGGGGGGG